AUGGAGCAUACUAAAGACUUUAAAGUCAUCGUCGUGGGCGGUGGCGUCGCGGGCCUUACUCUAGCCCUUAUGCUAGAGAAGUUCGACAUCGACUACGUCUUGCUGGAGGCUCGGAAGGAGUUUGCUCCACAGGUCGGGGCUAGUAUCGGCAUGAUGCCAAAUGGUCUCCUCGUCCUAGAUCAACUAGGCUGUUAUGAGGACAUUGAGGCGAAAUCGCUAGGCUAUUCAUUUGACGACAUGCAUAUUCGAGCCCCCAAUGGCGAAUCCUUGGUUUGCAAUAGAUACAUGGUCUCGCAUCUCUUGAAACGUCAUGGUUACCCAAUGAUGUUUUUUGACAGGCAAUGGUUACUACAAGUUCUCCAUAACCGUGUUCAAUACAAGGACCGAUUGCUUGUGGAACACCGAGUCUCCCGAGUUAAGGUAUCUAAUUCAGGUGUUCAAGUGUCUACAGACAACGGUAAAACCUUCUCCGGUUCUAUUGUCCUUGGAGUGGAUGGGGUGUACAGCAACGUACGACGAGAGAUGCGGCGUGUUGCCAACGAGGUCCAACCAGGAUAUUUCCCGCCAGCCGAUGAGGACAAUGCGACUUGCAAUUACCAAUGCAUUUUUGGGAUCUCGAAAGACGUGGUUGGCCUUCCCGAUAACGAGCAGUGUUUGGUCACUGGAGAAGGGCGCUCGUUUCUGGUGAUGUCGGGUCCGGAACAGCGGGUUUACUGGUUCUUUUUCAACAGGAUACCAGAGCCUAAGCAUGGUGACGAGAUCCCCAAAUACACAAGGCAAGAUGAGGCGAAGCUCGUUAAAAAGAGUUGUCAUCUACCGAUCACGGAGAAGGUGACAUUUGGGGAUCUCUACGCGAAAAAGAUUUCAUCCACUUUGACUCCGCUGCACGAAUUCGUGUUCCAGAAGUGGUUCUUCCAGCGAAUUCUCCUGAUGGGAGACUCGGUCCAUAAGCCAAAUCCUAUUAGCGCGAUGGGAGGCAACGGUGCCAUUGAGACUGUCACAGAUUUCAUGAACUCUUUACUUGAAUUGCGAGAUGCGCGCAAACACGGCCUUCAGAAUUUGACCACCGAAGAAAUUGCUCAGCUUUUUGCAAAAGUACAGGAGACACGCAUGAAACGGUCUGAGGAAACCAUUAAGAACGCUCAUGAAAUGCAAUCCCUGUUUGCAUUGGAGAAGCCAACAUUAGCAAAACUGGCCAUCCAGUACAUGGGGUCCAGACUCGCUCCGGAUGAUGGUAUGUUGCAACAACUCGCUGGCCCUGUUAUCGGCAGUACCAAAUUGAAGCAACUUCCUGUGCCUUCACGACCUCGAGCAAUGCCUUUCGAUCACGAACUUCCAGGACAACCUAAGGGUACGAAGCACGCCGUUCGGCUUAGCACAAUUUUGACCAUUUAUGCCAUUCUACUCCUUCUGGUAUCGUUCAAAGGCACGUCUGUGAUGUUCAACAGUAUUACGGAUAAGGAAUCGAGGCUUUCUCUGCUAGAGCGAGCUUGGUCAGGAAGAAGAACGAUCGUUGAGGGGUACCAAGCAGCCACAGGCGACUCAAUGGCGAAAUUGCAGCCUAUAUACCUAGUGUCUCAACUCAUCUCCCCAUUGCUCAUCUACACGAUUGAGGGAUACCGAUCCAGCAACUUCGGCAGUGCUCUGGUGUUCCCUAGCAUCUUCACUAGCGGCAUGCUUGUCUUCGGCAUUAGCGGAAUCGCUCCUGUUCAUGCUAUACUGUGUUCCUGGAACUCACACACGACCCCAGUUAACCGCUUCGUUCCCUUAUGUGUUGCCAAGGUACUUGUACCUCUACUCACAGCUGGUUACAUCCUCCCGUCGCUUAUGAUGUUUCUGCUUCCCAUCAGUUCUCCUGGCUGGGAGGUUUACGGAGUCUGGAAAUUCCCGCCUUUGUUCUUCUCUAGUCUAACGGCUAUUGUGGUUCUCGCUGUGAGAUUGUGGCAGCUGAACAAGCAUUCAACAGUCGAAGGUCAAGAGGCCAUCAAUCGCGAGCUAGAGUCUUACCAAAACCGGGAUCUUCCUGUAUUGAAAUCGGCAUAUGAGUAUGCUUUUGCGACCCAGGCCACUGCUCAUCUGGCGACGCUUGCAUACGGCCAUUCUCUAGGCUUACCUCUAUUCGGCAUCGAUUUCACGGCCCUUGGCCUCAAUAAAGGGCCGCUGAACUCUGAUAUAGUUCUAGCAAGCCUAAGCAUCCUUGGGUAUUGCCUGUACGCCGUGUGGGAUUUGCGGCGAGCUGGGUACAUAAGGACCGAUCAAGCCAUCAAGGCCUCUCUGUGUACCAUUUCUGGCAGCUUUGUCGUCGGCCCUGGCGCCGCUUGGGCGGGUUUAUGGAGCUGGCGUGAAUCUAUCAUCGCUGACCUAUCUAAAGCCUAG